UCUCUGUAACUUUCUGUCUUUAUAAUGGAAUGAGAUCGAUCGUCCAAGUUCAAUUUAUAAUUUCAUCUAUCGAUCCUCUCUUAAGUAUUUAAUUUUUCUCUCCAACAACUCCGGCCGGUGUACGUACGUAGCUGGCCAGAAGAUUUGGAGGAAGCGAAUUAUUUUGACUAACUAGCUAGCAUGGAAGCAGCUUCCAAUGCGGCCGUCAUCGGCGGCGGUGGCGGCGGCGAACAUUUGCUGGCCUCCAUCUUGUUUCGUAUUUUUGGGAGGGGUAAAAGGUAUUAUGGCGAAAAGGAGGUGGUGAUGAAGGUUGUGCAGUGGAUUCGUUCGGCGUGCUUUGUGGUGAGGGAGUGGGCAUUGGUGCCGGGGCUGCGCGUUUUGGUGGUGGCGUGUCUGAUUAUGUCUGUUAUAAUGGUUUUGGACAAGAUUUUUAUGGCCACCGUCAGCCUCUUCGUAAGGCUCGCCCGCCGGAGCCCAUCGAAAGUGUACCGCUGGGAGCCAUUUGCCGACCAGGUCGACGAGGAGAUGCAGCAGGAAUCCAUCGAUAGCUAUCCAAUGGUCCUCAUCCAGAUUCCCCUCUUCAACGAGCGACAGGUUUAUCAUGUGGCCAUUCGUGCGGCGUGCAACUUUUCUUGGCCAUCCGAUCGUCUUGUCAUUCAAGUGCUGGAUGAUUCAACCGAUCUCGUCGUCAGGGAAUUGGUGAAGGAGGAAUGUGAGAAAUGGAUAAGAAAGGGGAUUAACAUAAAUCUAGAGACGAGAGAUAAUAGAAAGGGUUACAAGGCUGGUGCUCUCAAGGAUGGGCUGACAUGCAGCUAUGUACAAAAAUGUGAAUAUUUAGCCAUAUUUGAUGCUGAUCAUCAACCAGCUCCUGAUUAUCUCAAACAAGCAAUUCCUUUCCUCAUACACAACCCUAAAAUUGGUCUUGUUCAAGCUCGUUGGAAGUUUGCCAAUGCUGAUGAGUGCCUGAUGACAAGAAUUCAAGAGAUGUCAAUGGAUUACCAUUUCAAAGUGGAACAAGAAGCAGGGUCAUCAACCUUUGCAUUUUUUGGCUUCAAUGGCACUGCGGGAAUAUGGCGGAUCAUUGCAGUAAAGGAAGCUGGCGGUUGGAAUGAAAGAACUACUGUAGAGGACAUGGAUUUAGCUGUAAGAGCAAGCCUUAAAGGCUGGAAAUUUGUCUAUGUUGGUGACAUUAAGGUCAAAAGUGAACUACCAUGCACCUUCAAGGCCUAUCGAUAUCAGCAACAUCGUUGGGCUUGCGGACCAGCAAAUUUAUUCAGGCAUAUGUUCUUAGAGAUCAUCAAAGCUAAAGAUGUGACGAUAUGGAAGAAAUUCUAUUUGAUAUACAGCUUCUUCUUUGCUCGGAAGAUCGUAGCUCAUAAUGUCACAUUCAUAUUCUACAGUUUGGUGAUUCCAAUUUCCAUCUUUUUCCCUCAAGUAGAGAUUCCGAGGUGGGGGGUGGCCUACAUCCCAGCCCUUAUUACCAUCCUCAGCUCUGUAGCAACUCCUAGCUCAAUUCAUCUGGCUUUGUUCUGGAUCCUGUUCGAGCAAGUCAUGUCCUUCCAUCGAUUCAAAGCUGUGCACGUCGGAUUGUUCGAAGGAGAAAGAGUGAACGAAUGGGUUGUUACCGAGAAGUUUGGUAGCAAAAAUAAACCAAAUAAUGCUAAAUGUGGAGCUGAUCAGAAGAAGCCGCAAAGCAAGUUAUGGGAGAGAUUAAAUGUGACGGAGCUUCUGUUGGGUUUAUUUCUCCUCAUGUGUGCAUCGUAUGAUUUGGCCUACCGAGUAAAAAACUACUUCAUCUACAUAUUUCCUCAGUCGCUUUCAUUCUUCGUCAUCGGCUUUGGAUACGUUGGAAAAUUCAUCCCAAGCAACGUCUGAUCAACCAUCGGCCUUGUACUGUUUGUUAAGUAACCGGGGCCGGUGUGUUGCCAUGCGGUUCAUUUGAAGUAUUUUAGCUGUUACUGUGAUUCGAACUUUUACCCUUUUUAAGUUUUCUCAAUCGUAACUUGGCUUAUUUGUUGAGAAUAAUGCGCGCGGACCAAUAUAAAAAUUGGAGUUCAUGUCCACUACAGGUUUAAUUAGUAUUUUGUUUUUAA